AUGGAUAAAGAAAAACAAUCAAUAGACAUAAAUCAAAAUGAUAUAACUUCAUCCUCAUCAAAUGAAGAUCCAAUGACUUUAACCCAAUCACAUUUUGAAAUUCAUCUACAACAACAAAAUAAAGAAAGAAGAAGAAGUUCUAUAAAUUCAAUACAUAAAAAUACAGUUGAAUUUUUUAGAAAAAGUUUGACUGGUGAUAAUGUUUCAUAUAAUGAAAAGAAUGACGUUGAGUAUUCUGUACAUCAUAUAUAUGGAGAUUUAAAUAGUGAAGAAAUCAAAUUACAGAGAUCAGCAACUAGAAGAUCAAUAAUCAACGAAAUAGAGAAUAAAAUAGAGGAUAAUGAUGAUCAAAUAGAUGCCAUAGAUGAAUUAGCCAUACCAGAAACUUCAAUAAUACUAGUACAACAACAUGGUAAAGAUUUUGAUGAGAUAGAUCCUGAAUUAGUUACCUUUACAGAAAAUGAUCCAGAUAAUCCUAGAAAUUGGUCAACUGCAACAAAAAUUUAUCUUAUUGGAUUUGUUUCAUUAUAUGCAUUAGUUGCUCCCAUGUCUUCAUCAAUGGUUUCACCAGCAGUUCCAGAAAUUGCAAAAGAAUUUAAUAUAACGAGUCCAGUCAUCAAAGCAAUGGUAGUUUCAAUUCAAAUUUUAUCAUGGGCUAUAGGUCCAUUGAUAAUUGCUCCUUUAUCUGAGCAUGAUAUUAUUGGUAGAAAAUUAGUAUUAGAUGUAACUUGUUGGAUAUCACUAAUUUUUAAUAUUGGUUGUUCAGUUUCUCAAAAUACUGCUCAAUUAAUGAUUUGUCGUUUUUUCUGUGGUUUAUUUGGUGCUAAUGCAAUGUCAAUAUGUGCUGGUAACAUAGCUGAUUUAGUUGAUCCAAAUUAUAGAAAUAUGGCAUUAGCUGGUUAUUCAUUAGCUCCAUUAUUAGGACCAGUUAUUGCUCCUUUGAUUUCUGGUUUCAUAGUUGAUCAUAAGCCAUGGAGAUGGAGUUUUUAUAUAUUAUGUGCAUUUAAUGGAUUUGUUGCAUUAACUGCUACUUUUUUGUUUAAAGAAACUUAUGCACCAACGAUUUUAUUAAGAAGAGCUAAAAAAUUGAGAAAGACGACCGGAAAUGAUAAUUUACAUACAAUUUAUGAAAUUACUGAUAAUGAAACUUUUAUAAGUAAAGUUUGGAUUUGUAUGUGUAGACCUAUUAAAAUAUUAUUUUUCCAUCCAAUGAUUGUUGCAUUAGGUUCAUUUAUGGCUUUUACUUAUAGUUUCAUGUAUUUAAUGAUUACUACAUUUCCUGAAGUAUUUGGAAAUCAAUAUGGUUUUAAAACAAAAGGUAAAAUUGGGUUAAUGUAUAUUCCAUUAGGUAUUGGGUUUUUGUUAGGAGUUUUUAUUUGGACUUUUUCAAUUGAUAAAGUAUAUUCUUAUUUAACUAAAAAAAAUAAAAAUGUUGCAAAACCUGAAUUUAGAUUACCUUGUUUACUUGCAUCUGCAAUAUUUAUACCAUUAGGAUUGAUUAUUUUUGGUUGGAGUGUUCAAUAUAAAUUGCAUUGGGUCUUACCAAGUCUUGGAUCAAUCUUAUUUGGAUUUGGAUUAGUUGCUGUCUUUCAAACAAUUCAAAAUUAUUUCAUUGAUAUGAAUACAAGGUUAGCUGCAAGUUCAGUUGCUGCUGGUGCAAUGUUUAGAUCAGUUUUUGGUUUCUUCUUGCCUUUGAUUGCAAGUAAAUUAUAUGGUAGAUUUGGUUAUGGAUGGGGUAAUACAUUAUGUGCAUUUAUUGCAAUUGUUUUAGGUAUUCCAUUUCCAACAUUUUGUUUCUUUUAUGGUGAAAGAAUUAGAAAUUGGGCUAAUAAAAGAUUUGAAAUGGAACAAUUAAAAAGAGACCAAAAGAAUUUGGAGAAAAUGAAGAGGAAAAAUAAUGAUUUAGCAUAG